AUGAUAUUGUUUGGUUUUCGCAAUAUUUGGUUGUUUCUAUUGGUUUUUAGGCAAACAUCAGGUAUUUCAUAUAAUCGACCAAAACUUUGUGCAAAUGCAACAUGGAACCGGACGGCUAUAACUUUUGCCACGAGCAUUACGGUUGGUACAUAUCCGCAUGGAAUUUUUAUUGAUACAAAUAAUACGGUUUAUGUAGCUGAUGGUGCAAACAGUAGGGUUCAAAUUUGGUUAAACAAUAGUAUAACAGUUACAAGUACUAUUUCUGGUGGUUUAGACACACCCAAUAGUCUUUUCAUCACAGAUAAUAGUGAUAUUUAUGUUGAUAAUGGUUAUACAAAUUAUCGGGUUGAUAAAUGGAGCUUUAAUUCAACAAAUAGUGUUCCAACGAUGUAUAUGUGUGGAGCAUGUUAUGGUCUCUUUAUUGAUAUUAAUGAUAUGCUUUACUGCUCGAUGUAUAAUUAUCAUCAAGUUGUUUCGAAGUCAUUGGAUACACGUUUAAAUAUAUGGAAUAUUGUUGGUGGUACAGGUACAGCUGGAUCAACGUCAGUUACACUUCAUAAUCCUUGGGGAAUCUUUGUUGAUAGUAAUUUAAACUUGUAUGUGGCUGAUUAUUCAAAUGAUCGAAUUCAAAAAUUUUCAUCAGGACAAUUAAAUGGAACAAAAAUAGCAACGGGACCUAUCGUAUUGAAUACGCCUACUUCAGUUAUACUUGAUGCUGAUGGAUAUCUUUUUAUUGUUGACAAUGGUAAUAGUCGUAUUGUUGGUUCAGGAUCUUAUGGAUUUCGAUGCAUAGCGGCAUGUUCCGGAGAUGGUUCAUUAUCCAGUCAAUUAUAUUAUCCAGUAACUUUAAGUUUUGACAGUUAUGGAAAUAUAUUUGUCACCGAUUCAUGGAAUAACAGAGUACAAAAAUUUCUUUUGUUAUCAAACUCAUGUAAUGAGACGACAACAGUAACAACUAUGGCCACGGUAACUUCAAUGAAUAAUACUCCAUUAGUUUCUUUAACAACAGCUGUUCCUGAAAUAAGUUCUACAACUGCAUCAUAUUCAAACCCUAUUUCAUACAAUAUGCCAGAAUUCACUGCGUAUACUACUUGGAGCUCCAAUGGAAUAACUUUUGCAAGCACCACCGUGAUCGGAACAAGUCCUUACAGUGUAUUUGUUGAUAAUAACAAUACUGUAUAUGUAAGUGAGUAUUCUUUAGAUCGUGUUCAAGCGUGGCGUGAAGGUAGUAGCAAACCCACAAGAAAUAUCUCCGGUACUAUAAACAAUCCAUAUAGUGUCUUCGCUACAAGUAAUGGUGAUGUAUAUGUUGACAAUGGUUAUACAAAUAGUCGAGUGGAUAAAUGGACAGUAAAUGCAACGACUAGUGUUUCUGUAUUGAAUGUGAAAGCCGCAUGUUGGGGUCUUUUUGUUGAUAUUAAUAAUAAUAUUUACUGUUCAAUGUAUAACCUUCAUGAAGUUGUCACAAACUCAUUGAUCAAUCCUUCAAACAUGUGGAUAAUUGCCGCUGGUACAGGUUGUGCUGGAUCAACGUCAAAUACGCUUUAUAAUCCUCGUGGAAUCUUUGUUGAUACAGAUCUCAAUUUGUACGUUGCUGAUUAUACCAAUGAUAGAGUGCAAAAAUUCUUAUCAAAACAAGUAAAUGGAAUAACGAUAGCAGGAACUGAAGCAACAGGAACUAUUAGUCUGAAUGGUCCGACUGGAGUUGUUCUGGACGCCGAUGGCUAUGUAUUCAUUGCGGAUUAUUUGAAUAAUCGUAUUGUUGGAUCAGGACCAAACGGAUUUCGUUCUUUAGUAGGAUGUUCAAGUGUUGCCGGUUCAGCAUCUAAUCAAUUACAUUAUCCAACAAGUUUAAGUUUCGAUAGUUAUGGUAAUAUGUUUGUUGUUGAUAACUACAACAAUCGGAUUCAAAAAUUUUAUAUAACAAGCAAUAUUUAUAAUGGAAUUAUCAAUCAACCAAGCUUCUGUCCAUCUACAACAUGGUAUACAGAUGCAAUUACAUUUGCCAAUAGUAGUACGGCUGGAACUCACGUAUAUGGUAUUUUUGUUAGUAUUAAUAAUACUAUCUAUGUAGCUAAUCAACAAACUAAUAAGAUUCUAGUGUGGUUCGAAGGAAGUAACAAUCCAGAUAAAAUUCUUUCUGGUAGUCUGAGUUCACCAUAUGAUCUUUUCGUUACUCCUCUAGGUGAUAUAUAUGUUGAUAAUGGUUUAAAUAAUGAUCGAGUUGAUAAAUUUUCAUUCAAUUCAAAUAUAAGUACUUCUGUCAUGUCAGUUCCUAAUUUGUGUGCUGGUAUUUUUGUUGAUAUUAGUAAUACUCUUUAUUGUUCAGCAUAUAGUUCUCAUCAAGUUCUUAAGCAAUGGUUAAAUGAUAGUGUACUUACGUCAACUAUUAUUGCUGGUACAGGUACAGCUGGAUCAACAGCGACUACGCUUAAUUAUCCUCUUGGAAUUUUUGUCGAUGCUCAAGUUAAUUUAUAUGUUGCAGAUUGUCAUAAUGAUAGAAUACAAAUGUUUCCUGUUGGACAAUUAACUGGAAUAACUUUAGCAGGAGCUAGUGUACCAGGAACUAUUACACUUAAUAAUCCAAAUGGCAUUAUAUUAGAUGAUAAUGGAUACCUUUUUAUUACGGAUACUCUUAAUAAUCGAAUAAUUGGAUCAGGACCAUAUGGUUUUCGAUGUUUAUUUGGAUGUACAACAAUAUCUGGUUCUGCAUCAAGUCAGUUGAAUCAACCAGUAAUUUUAAGAUUUGAUGGUUAUGGAAAUAUAUUUGUCGCUGAUAGAUAUAAUAAUAGAGUGCAAAAGUUUAUAUUAGCAUCAAAUUCAUGCAGUCUGUUUUAUAGUCAACCAACAUUUUGUUUUAAUGCUUCAUGGUCUGUAAAUGCCGUAACUUUUGCAUCAAGUAGUACAAUUGGUUUAUUACCUUAUGGUAUUUUUAUUAGUGGAAUUAAUACUGUGUAUGUACCUAAUCGAGUUAGUAACACUAUUCUAUCAUGGCCUCAAGGAAGUACUACAUCAACAAGUAAUAGUUAUAGUAAUUUAAGUAAUCCAUAUAGUCUUUUUAUGUCUAUGACUGGUGAUAUGUAUAUUGAUAAUGGUUAUUCAUAUGGUCGAGUCGAUAAAUAUACAUUUAAUACAUCAAACCGUGUAACUGUUAUGAGUGUUAAUGGAAGUUGUUUUGGUUUAUUUAUUGAUAUUAAUAAUAAUCUUUAUUGUUCUCUUAAAAAUCUUCAUCAAGUUGUUAAACUCUUACUUAAUAAUGGUACAACCAUUCCGACAAUUGCAGCUGGAAAUGGUUCUGCUGGAUCACUAUCAAAUAUGCUUAAUUCUCCUCAAGGAAUCUAUGUUGAUAGUAAUCUAAACCUAUAUAUUGCAGACAGUGCUAACAAUCGUAUUCAAUUCAUUCAAACUGGUCAGUUAGAUGGAGUGACAAUCGUUGGGAAUGGUUCAUCAGCAAAUAUUACACUCAACUAUCCAACUGGAAUUGUCCUUGAUGCUAAUGGUUAUCUUUUUAUUGUCGAUAGUUAUAAUCAUCGUAUUGUUGCUUCAAGUUAUUAUGGUUUUCGAUGUAUAGUGGGAUGUUUGGGAGGUGGUUCAUCUGCGUCUCAAUUAUCAUUUCCACAAAGUAUGGCUUUUGAUAGCUAUGGAAAUAUAUAUGUUACUGAUCGAAAUAAUAGUCGACAAUACCGACUACCACCACCACUACUACUACGAGCAGCAGCAGCAGUACCACAACUAGCACUACUACUACUACUACCACUAAGACUACAAGCAGUAGCAGUACUACAAGUACCACUAUCACCACAACCAGUACCACAAGCAGGAGUACUACAAGCAGUAGCAGUACUACGAGUACCACUACCACCACCACCAGCACCACAAGUAGCACUACUACUACUACCACCAGUACUACAAGUAGUACUACUACUACCACCAGUAGUACUACUACGAGCAGCAGUAGCACCUCAAGCAGCACUACUACCACGACCACCACUAGCAGUACUACUACUACCACUACCACCACAAGUACUACAACAAGUAGCAGCAGCACCACAAGUAGUAGUACUACUACUACCAGCAGUACCUCAAGUAGCACUACAACCACCAGCAGCAGUACUACAACGAGCAGCAGCAGUACCACGAGUAGUACUACCACUACUACUAGCAGUACUUCAAGUAGCACUACUACCGCGACUACCACUAGCAGUACUACUACUACCACCACUAGUACUACUACAAGCAGUAGUAGUACCACAAGUAGCACUACUACUACCACCACCACUACAAGUACUACAACAAGUAGCAGCAGUACCACAAGUAGUACUACUACUACUACCACUACUAGUACCAGUACUUCAAGUAGCACCACUAGCAGUACUACUACGAGCAGUAGCAGCACCACAAGUAGCAGUACAACGAGUAGUACCAGUACUUCAAGUAGUACUACCACGAGUAGCAGUAGUACUUCGAGUAGCACUACUACCACUAGUAGUACCUCAAGUAGCACGACUUCCAUCAUAA